AUGCAGCUGCUAGCCAAGCGCGCUGACCCCCCGUGGCACUUUGUCUUGGAGCCAGUCAGACUCGAGAAGCCGCCUUCUAGAGAGUCUCGCGAUAACAGUCCUCAGGGCGUUCAUGCAGAAACAGCAUUUGAUGCACCUGCUGCUGAUGAUGAUGGAGCUAAGAAACCUUCCUCAGUUUCUGUGGGCACCCUCGACUUUGCCUCUCCAGAAGGCUUCAUCUUCCUCCCUCCAUGGGUAAUGGAGGCGCUCGGCAUUCAACCCCAACUUCCUCACUGCCGCUGCCGAGGGGGCAGGGGGGAUCCAGGUGACCAAUUUCCCGAUGCGCUUGGAGCUUGGGGGGCUUUCUUGGGGGAAAAGAGGGGCUGUAGACAUCGCUUCUUGUGUCAUCGGCAGAGCUUCCAAGCUUCCUACGCCUCAGCUCCCUGCCGGAGCUUCUCAAUAGAUUGUAUCUUAGAGAUUUUUACGGAGCACCGCUUGCUAGCCUCGAAGAGAACACAAACGGCUCGUGAGAAGCCCUGCACGAACCGCUACCAGAGGAGGGAACUCCGGCACUUUUCGUCGCUGACUGCGGGAACUAGGAUCCCCAUGAAGAUCGCGGGGACUCUCUUCCUCUUCAAAGUCGAAAAAAUUCUUGACGACGGGAAAGAAGUCCCCAAAGCCUGCAUUCAAGACACGGACGUCGCCCUCCAGCUACUACCACCGGAGAGGCCGUCAGAGGGCAAAGACGGAGCAGGGGGCUCCCACGCAAGCUAG